CAAAAAGUUGAUUGACUCUGUGAGGUGUAAGGUAGCGAGUGGAUCGUAUGUGAUCGUGGCUUGUGGCGAGUGGUCGACGAAUAGUGGAGAGGCAAGAUGACAUAUAGAAACAACGAUCAGCAUGACUGAUUAUGACAAUUUCGCGACACAUACCUAUAAGAGUGAAAAAUUCUUGAAUCGUUGUUUGUGGUGGUAGCUGUGCUUUCCGAAUAGUGUCACAUUGGCCCCUUUUGGUACAGUAAAACUAUAUGACAUUACGGAGACAUCGCGAUCGCUCACUGCAUCGUAUACAUAUUGUGUUUGCAACUAAUUUCGUACUUGAAUAUUUUGCUUAAAAACAGCUCCCUUUCGUUAGAAAAAAAGUUGCUAUCGAAAUAAUGCCCAAAGCGGUAACGGCGCCCACAGACGUCGCAAAGUGCAACUUGGAUUGGAAAUAAAUCGCGUGAGGAUCUCGCUAUUUCAAUAUUGUAGUCUUUGGUGGAAACCCAAACUCGACCCGACCGCCAACAUGAGCUUGAAGACGCGAGGAAUUGUGUUCGCAACCUUCUUCGGUAGCUGUCUGGUUGUGGGUUUGAUGGUGGCUGCUCUCACCACUGACAACUGGGUACAGUCCAAUGCUAAGCGUAAUUCUACCGAAUCGCAAGGACGCAUCCACUUCGGGCUGUUUGCUGGUCAGAAACAUCUGAAUGUCGCGUACGGUUGGCGGUUACAUGAAAUCAAUGUUUUAGAAGUUCUCCGGAACGAACCAGACGUGAUGAGCUAUUGGCUAUGGCUCGGAACAGCCAUCGGUACAGGGUUGGGCGCUCUGAGUGGUGCGGUAGGUGCCGUAGCGUCCGUCCUGAAAUCAUCGUCUGCAUCGAAGAAAUCCGGCACCAUGCUGGUCCUGUUUGUCAGUAACUUGCUGUCGGGACUAUCGCAGCUGCUAUCGUUCGUCUGUUGGCUGAUACAGUUCUAUCAAUAUCUGACCCACAACGUGUUAAUCGAGGAUGAUCGGAAAAAUAAUUGGAGCAGUCAGGGGCUGGCGUCACUUGGUACCAGCUUCUACUUCGUGGUAGGAGGUAUUGUAGUGGUUAUUAUUAACAUAAUACUGCUCGUUGUGGCCGUCAAGAUGGAGAAGCGCGAACGGAACCGAGUGCUCGAACCACUAACGGAUGAGAAAACGCAGGGAGCAAUCAUGCUGUAUUGAUGGAAUGGGAAGGUGAAAUUUUUGUUCGUCAAACGUUCAAGGAUAUGGCUGCUCUAAAUCUGAAUUUUUCGGGUAGUACAUAAUAAUGGAUAUUCAUUAUACUGUAACAUUACAUACUCCAGUUACUCAUUUUAACAUUAGCUAUUUUAAGAUUGAUCGAAGAAUUGUGAACUCACUGCGGAAAUAACUCAAGUUAGCCAUACGUUGGAACUAAAGAUGCAUCCUUUUAAGUAGAAAUUAGGAAUAGGAUUAUGAAUAGCGCAUCGAAGUGCGUAUCGUGAAUGGAACGAUUUAUUCAAGGCCACUGUGUGACAAUUUCUGAAUAAAAUUUCUUCUACAAAGUA